GGUCUACGCCAGUCAUCACCGUGAGUUUAGGAUUCGUAGGUGGUGUACAGAUGGAUUGCAGAAGUCGUUUGUCUGAGGAUUAAUCUCGAUCGAAGUCCUCUGAGAAAAAGCAUGCACCUCGUGUCUACUGAGCCCUCUAGUUCCGUUCUAGUGUCUCUCCCCCGUGGUAGUACCUCUCAGUUUUCUGCAAAGGCCAAACUUCCUACCAUGCGAGCUCAAGAGGGUUCUGAGGCGGAUGAAGAGCCGCCGACCUCGUCGGGGUUCGAGCUGCCUCUCACCAGUCAGCCUUUUCUCAAUUGGCAAUUAAAGCGUCCGCCAUGGUGCUUCGCGAUACCGACUCCCGUUACUCAUCGCCUUAGCAGUCAUUCUCGCCUGCGAGACUCUCUUUUACGGCGGAAUUCCCCGUCUCCUUCAGUCGGCCUCAUGCGGCUGUUAUCGAAUUCGUCGGUGACACUCAUAUCGAGGACCGCGACAGGCGCGUGGCUGGGCGUCCGUCGAGAUGAAACGGACGAAGCUAAAACUUCUCGAAUUCGUGCGUGGACGUUCUGCGCGGUCACUUCGAUACGAAAUUCGCUUAUGCUCUAAGCGGAAAUGACACUGUAGAGGAUCCAACGCCGAGAAGUUACAGGCUGUGACGCCAGCCUGUGUUUCGCGAUGCAGCAAUGGGCUCGAUUAGCCGAGAGAACGGGAGUUACAGAGUAACCGCAGCAGCAGCGAUCCCGAAGUCCGCUUAUUCGGCUCCCGUAGCGAGCUCCUUCUUUCGGGGAUACUUCCACGCACAUCAGUAGCCGAAAAACACCUGACCUAUCUUAACGACCGUUAAAAGCCGACCCGCUACCAGAGGAGGAGGUGGAGCGGCAGCAGUCGGCCGGCGUGGGGCAAAUCUGCACGGAGGCGUGGAAGCGGGGCGUGCUGGAGCGGCUGGCGAGCCAGCAAAUACGCGCGGCAGAUGCUGGCGGACAACCACACGCGCACGGAGAACAUCACGGCUGGCGUUGACGCCGUGUGCGCGCGGGUGAAGGAGGUGGAGGAGGACCUGCUAAACAGGAGUGGCAGUGGCAGUGGCAGUGGCAGUGGCAGUGGCAGUGGCAGUGGCAGUGGCAGUGGCAGUGGCGGUGGCAGUGGCAGUGGCAGUGGCAGUGGCGUGGCAGUGGCGGUGGCAGUGGCGGUGGCAGUGGCGGUGGCAGUGGCGGUGGCAGUGGCGGUGGCAGUGGCGGUGGCAGUGGCGGUGGCAGUGGCAGUGGCAGUGCAGUGCGGUGGCAGUGGCGGUGGCAGUGGCGGUGGCAGUGGCGGUGGCAGUGGCGGUGGCAGUGGCGGUGGCAGUGCCACAUCAUCAUGUGGUGACUGGCCUGAGGAGUGCUGGCCCGUGCCUCACAUGCCCUUCUCCCUGCUCUCUGUAUGCCCCAUGCCUCACAUGCCCUUCUCCCUGCUCUCU